GGUGCAGAGUGGAGGCUAGAGACGAAACAACUGAGCUCGAAAAGUCGCUGCUUGUUGUUUGUUCUUUUCUUCCUUGCAUCUAAUGCAGCCGCUACGUUUCCGAACUCUACCACAUAGAAAAUGUCGGCGCUCUCCAAUUAUGUGGGCUCCUGCCCAGACUGUGGAAAGUCUAUAGUAUUCAAUAGCUCAUCUGAGAUUAUCGAAUGCCCGAAAUGUGAUGGGCGACACAAGCCUUCCAGCUUGACCAACACAGAGUCCCUUAGGGAUUUGGCGUCCGUACUAAAGUUGCUCAAUGAGAAGCUUCUGAAGGAUCCGACGUCCUCCAGUGGCCACGACCCUGGGCCGGUGAAAAUCCUUGGUCUGUCGAGCUACGAGUGCAAACUAUUGUCUCCUUUGUUGACCAACCAUGGCAUGGACAAAUCAGGAAAUGCCAAGCUGCUUACCGAGCUCCGCAGCAAGUCAGAAAUAUUUGAUUUUUCCGCGCUGGGCGACCGAUCGUUCGUGGUGGAUGUUCAGCACCUCGACAAAGUAGGCUAUGGUGUGGACAAGAUGAGUUUCGCCUAUCUGUCAGAAAUCCUGGAGAUUGUCUACGAUACGAACAAUAAGAGAAACUGCCUGGUACCUCUGCAUGCUGAUGGUGAUGGUCAUUGCCUGGUACAUGCCAUCUCCCGUUGCUUAGUGGGGCGAGAGCUGUUCUGGCAUGCCCUACGUAUGAACCUGCACAAGCAUCUCUGUGAGAAUCUGGAUCGCUACAAGUUGGUGUUUAGUGACUUCAUGGAUUCGGAUCGUGAUGAGUGGCGCGAGAUCGUGGACGAAGCACACCCGAACUACCGGCCAUCAGUUUUCGCCGCAGAUCCCACCCAUGGCCUGCGUCCCAUUCACAUCUUCGGCUUGGCCAAUGUCCUGCGUCGGCCCAUCAUCCUCCUGGACGGCAUGAAGGGACUGCGCUCGUCAUGCGAGUACACUGGUGUAUACCUGCCUGUGCUGUACCCACCGGAGGAGUGUUGUGGCAAGGCUCGCACCGCCGGUGCCACGCCGGAGCUGAACCGGCCCGUCGCAAUUGCCUGGAGUUCUAACGCACAUAAUCACUACGUGCCUCUGAUUGUGACGCAAGGCAACACGCCAGUGAAGUUGCCGGCUGAUCUAGUGCCCAAGGUGUCUAUAACAGGACAGCAGGACUUUGAGAGCUACGUCAACGUCGGCGCGGAUGGCAGCGUGGUGCUGGGUGCCGAACGUAGCCUAUCUGAUGCCUAUCUAACAAGAUUAAUCACGGCCAUGAGGGCAUUGUUCAUGGCGAAAAGCCAGGUGUCAUCAGCGCUGGUAGCUGAUGUGUAUCAUUAUGCGUUUCGGGCCCACGGUGCAGUGCACAUUGAAGCUUCAGACGCCAUCGAUACUGUGCGUCAGGCGGCACAGGAGAAUCGCCUGCGAACCUGCACCUCGUGUAGGGCACUCACGGUGGACCCGGCCUUGCCGGAUCUGUCAGAAGCUGAUCGCCGCCCCGGUGGUAUGCUGCAUAAGCUGAUAGCGAAGGACGACAUCAUACUCCGCGACGGGAAGACGUAUUCAUUCCCGUCCCUGAAUGUGAACGCCCGCUAUGAGUCAGCAAGGGAACGCUUUACUCUCGUGGCCCGGACAUCCUCCGCUGGAUGCUCAUCGUGUGGCCAGUCAGCGUUAAUGCGCGCCACUGAUGCCGAUGGCAGUGUGCAGUAUAAGUAUGGCGACCGUACACUGACUGAGUGGCCCAAGUCGAACUGUCCGUGUGGCUACAAGCACUUCUUUGCCGGACAUGAGUAUGAGAAUUUCCCUUACCGGUUUGAGGUGGUUCUAGAUUGGAAUGAUACACGCAUCCCAGUCAUGGUCGACUGGUUUGACAAUGAAAGUGACCCAGAGUACAAUUCCAAUGCUUACAAGAUUGCAUCAGAGUUGGUGAACAAGCACUUCCCUGCUGAUUUUGGCUCUACCCGUUUGAUGGAACGUGUUGUCCAGCAAAUCUUCCGCAAGGUUGAGUCAAAUGAGAAGCGUACCAAAGUGCAGCAAAUGGAACAAGACCCACCAGCGCCCACCGUAGAUCCUUUGCAAUCGAUGGGUCCCAUGAAAACUAUCUUUGUGGGUCAUAGCAAGACCACGCUGCACAAGGAAGAACUCGGUGUGUCGGACAAAGAGAAGCAGCUGCGCCAAAGUAUCACAGACAAUGCGAGUAGUCAAAGACGAAAGUCGUCCGCUCAGAAAGGAGGAAGUGAGCGUCCAGCCAAGCGAGCAGCUUCAGCGUCUGCUGGUUGCAACUCACCCCAACCCAUGGACACUUCAGCAGCCACAACAACAACAACAACAACAGCAACAACGACUGGAGCAGCUGCAGCAAGCGCCUCGCCGUCGUCAAUCAGAGUGCGUGUGUGCAUGAUGCCUGGUGGGAAAUCGGCUAACCUUGAGUUUGUACCACCAGUCAUGCCGGAAAACUUGCAGUCAACAAUUGCCACGCAGUUUGAUGUGCCUGUAGAGCGUCAACGGCUGCGUGUUGGCUUUCCGCCACGCGAACUGCAGCUAGUGGAUGGUGAGCCAGUACAGUUGAAGCAUGGUGACAAGUUGAGUGUUGAAGAAAUACAGCCAGCAUCAGAGCCACCUCCACCAAGAUCACCGCUUGCACCAUUCCCGUCCCAGGCUGCUUCUUCUCUUUUCCCAUCCCAUUCUCUGUCAAUUCCAGGCUUCCCAUCGGAGUCGCCCAUGAAUCCGACUGCUAUCAUGGAUUUGAUCGCGCUUAUGGACACUAACGCCGACCACUUUGCAAUGUUUCGUGACCGCCCGGAUGUAUUUGAAGGUGAUGGUAUCCUGAUCCAGAUUGCCAAGAAAGCGUACAGCGAUGAUAUGACGAACAACAAGCAUGUGUUACUGCAAGAGCUGCCCAACAAGGUCUUUGUGCUCAACAAGGCUGCUGACCGCCUGGAGAUGUGCGUGGGUGAUGCUCAUAUACCUAUGCAACAUGUCACAUCAGAGCAUAUUCGCAAAACCGAGGCUCUGAGAGCCGCUGGUGGACGCAACAUCAUGUGUUCAGCUCCACUAGGGACGAGUGGCGGUGGCGGCAGUGUAAUGGGUGGUGUGAGUGGCCGUAUUGCAGCCGGUGGCAGUGGCGUGGUGUCAUCGGCUGCCAAGACACACCAUGACGCCUUCACUGGUCACGGUCAUCGAAUGACCGAGCAUGCACCAGCUGCUACGGGCCUGUCCAGCCUGUAUGAGAGAUCUCCACGUUCUCAAGGUUUGUCUACAUCGUCGUCGUCUUCAGCUGCACAUGCCACAGCCCUGCGCCACUCUACAGACCAAGCAGCAGCAUCCAGGCAGUGGUCACUACCAGCAUCUACGACUGCAUCGGCCUAUUCUUCACAACCAGGCGCAGCAGCGUCUGCCACAUCAGGAGCCUCCACAGAUGCGCAUUCCCCAGUGUUUUCAAGCCAGACAAUGUUCCCUACUUCAACUGUUGGUUCUGCUGCUACACAACAUAGUGGAGGAGGCGCUAUCCGUCAUGCUGCUGGUAGAGGCAGGGGACGUGGUGUAGCAUCUGCUGGUGCUGUUGCUGGUGCUGCUGUUGGUGGUGCUACCAUAGCCUCAGCGUUCGCCUCCGCCGACAUGCCCAUGGUGCAGGAAAACCGGGUACGCGUAUCUCCCAAUGUUAGCCACACCACCUGGUCACCGGAUUCAGCUAGCUUGGUCAUGGAGGUUGACAUUGCUGGUGUGUCAUCUCCUGAAGACUCGCCACCCUGCUCCGACGGCAGUGAAGGCGAGGAAAUUGCCUACAAGGAGGAGAAGCCACGCAAGCGCCAGUUCAAGUCCUCUCCAUCGUCGCUUGUAGUUCAUGCCUUGGAGCAGCGUAUUGUUCAGCUGACGGAACAAACUAACAUCCUACAGGCUAAGCUGGUGCAGUGCUCAGAUGGACGUAUAGACGAUCCUGUCAAUAUGGAAAGGAAGAAACAGCUCACUAGGCAAAUGGCCACUCUGCAGACACAACUGGAUGAUUUGCAUUCUCAACGUGUUGAGCAAACCCAAUUAGCAUCAAACGCUGCAAUUGUGCCAGUAGAUUCUGUCGAAUCCGACUCGCUGGACUGAAGCUAAUCACAACUGACACGACACAGUCUCUCUCUCUCUCUCUCUCUCUCUCUCUCUCUCUCUCUCUCUCUCUCUCUCUCUCUCUCUCUCUCUCUCUCUCUCUCUCUCUCUCUCUCUCUCUCUCUCUCUCUCUCUCUCCUACUUGGUCCACUGCGGGGAUGCAUUGUGGUAUUGAUGGCAUUUGAUGCAGCAGGUCUAGGCCUGGGCCUGUGAUAAUGCAGUUGCGUGACAUGUUGCCUGCUGUAUAAUAUAGCAUAGCGUACUAGUAACAUUUGCCGGAUAAGAGUGAACAAAAUACACCAUGAAAAAUAAAAUGUUUGCAUGCAUAUCCCACCCACAUUGAAGUUUUAUUCUCUUUUUGAUGUUCCUUUCAUUUCCCCCCAUUUUUCUGCCUACGUGUGGUACUAGAACCAUCACCGGCAAUCGUCCUUGAGUCUUUUGUUUUGUGUGUACAUGAACAACCGUACAUGGUGCUGUGCCAAUAUUGCUUGUUGCUUGCUUAUGCCGCACCAACACCAUAACAUUCUCAUUAUUUGUUUUGUAGUGUUGUCUACCAAAUGUUUUAAAUCUUUCUGCAUCAUAAUUACAUUUCAACCAUGAAUUUAUAGAACAACUGCUAGGUGAAAACUACUAAAUUUGCAAAAAAGUAACAAAAUGGCUGCCA